AAAUAAUCCCUCAAAGGGAACCUCUACAUGAGAUUAUCUUGCGAAAUCCACAAUGUGCUUUUUGGGCUCAAAUCCUAGUGAACUAGGGUACCCAUGAGUUAUUCUUUAGGGCCUCCGAUGCUUGGGCUCUCCGAAGAAUGUCGGGUUCCAGAUUCUGUGGAACACCGAGCCCGACUCUGACUUCGAGAGGACAGGGGCAGCCAUUUUAAGACCAGAGGAUCACGAAAGGGAGCGUUCCAUACUGGGAACGCUGGGGGCCGCCAUUUUAAGAGCAGUGCUGUACGGCACCUUGACGCGCCCCGCCGUGCCUGUACGCACAGGCAGCCGCCAUCUUGGGCAGCGGCGGUGGGCACUGCCGUCCGGGGCGCUGAGUCGCCCUGGGUCGCCCCUCCGCUCCUCAGGGCACCUCCACCCGGGGCUGCUGUCUCUGUGCCCGCGGAAGCCCACGCUACCCAGUCUGCGUAGUUCUCGCUGCUUUCGUUGCGUGCCUGUGUAAAUGCUCCGCAACUUCUGAACGCUCGUUUUAACAACCCCCGACUGGGGGCGCUCGCGCGCCUCACCCUGCGAUCUCCAGCCCUGACAAUGUCUAACUGGCUCGACUGGCCCCGUUCCCUGGAUAUGGCAAGUGCAUCGGCUAAGGAUCCUCUUUCCCAAGAACGCUAACACAGGCGCUGUCCUCUGAGGCUCUGGAUGACUUUAUUCUUCAAAUGCCUUUACCUUUCCAAUAGCUCCAGUGACCCUCCAUUCUGCAUAUCCAGGAAAAUGUGACUCCCUACAGGUGAUCAGCUUCUAGAUCACCAUUUUCUACCACAAGUGACUUGUGUGGGGACAUCCAGGGGCAGCAGAGGUAACCAUCAGGAAGAUAUCUAAAGAAAUGAUACAGCAAAGAAGAGAAGCUGGGGGAAAAGAGACAUGCAGAGACCAGAUCAAAAGAGGAUCAGAUAAAGAGGAGGAACCUCCAGCUGCCCUAUCCCAUGGCCAAGGGUAUCGUCCCUGCGGAAGGCCAGCCAGGAACUCAAAGCCUGAAGCUGGGGCCAGAUCCUCUGCUGUUCCCAUCAUGGUCAAUGACCCACCAGUACCUGCCUUACUGUGGGCCCAGGAAGUAGGCCAUGUCUUGGCAGGCCGUGCCCGCAGGCUGUUGCUGCAGUUUGGGGUGCUCUUCUGCACCAUCCUUCUCUUGCUCUGGGUGUCUGUGUUCCUCUACGGCUCUUUCUACUACUCCUACAUGCCGACGGUCAGCCACCUCAGCCCUGUGCAUUUCUACUACAGGACAGACUGUGACUCCUCCACCUCCUCACUCUGCUCCUUUCCUGUUGCCAAUGUCUCGCUGGCUAAGAGUGGACGUGAUCGGGUGCUGAUGUAUGGACAGCCAUAUCGAGUCACCUUAGAGCUUGAACUGCCAGAAUCCCCCGUGAAUCAAAACUUGGGCAUGUUCUUAGUCACUGUCUCGUGCUAUACAAGAGGUGGCCGAAUCAUCUCCACUUCUUCACGCUCAGUGAUGCUGCAUUACCGCUCCCACCUGCUCCAGAUGCUUGACACGCUGGUGUUCUCCAGCCUCCUGCUGUUUGGCUUUGCUGAGCAGAAGCAGCUCCUGGAGGUGGAGCUCUACUCGGACUAUAGGGAGAAUUCGUAUGUGCCAACAACUGGAGCCAUUAUUGAGAUCCAUAGCAAGCGCGUCCAGAUGUAUGGAGCUUACCUCCGAAUCCACGCCCACUUCACGGGGCUCCGGUACCUGCUCUACAACUUCCCUAUGACCUGCGCCUUUGUGGGUGUCGCCAGCAACUUCACGUUCCUCAGCGUCAUCGUGCUCUUCAGCUACAUGCAGUGGGUGUGGGGGGGCAUCUGGCCCCAGCACCGCUUCUCCCUGCAGGUUAACAUCCGGCAAAGGGACAGCUCGCGCCACGGUGCCCAGCGCCGGCUCUCUCGCCAGCAGCCAGGCCAGGAGGAGUCUACGCCGCAGUCAGACAUGACAGAGGAAGGUGAAGGCCCCGAGGACCCCUCAGGAACAGAGGGCCGGCUGUCUGAGGAAGAGAAACCACAGAAGCAGCCCCAGAAUGGAGAGGAGGAGCCAGAGCGGGAGGCUAGUGACGGCUCCUGGGAAGAUGCGGCUUUGCUGACAGAGGCCAACCUGUCUACUUCUGCCUCUACCUCUGCCCUUGCCCCUGAGACUCUGGGGAGCCGCGAGCCUUCUGUGGGCACCAUCAGGCAGCGUCCAACAUGCUCCAGUUCCUGAACAAAAAGAUUCUUCACAUUCCAGCACUUUCCCAUCUGAUCCUUCUCCCCUUGUUGUUCCCUUAAUAAAGUAUUUUGUGCCAGG